AGACACAUCCUCUAUCCGCAUAAAUUAGCCCUGCUCAAGGAAGGAGGGUGUAAACGGCGAAGAUAAAAGCGAUAUUACUUUGUGCACCAUCAUCCUCUAUCGCUAUUAUUUCGACAACGCUUCGUGGUCAUUUCUGAUCUAAUUAUAUAUUACUGUUACUUGAAUCUCUGAAGUAGGCUGAGUGAGCUACCAUCGUGUCCAACAAUGGCAGGGCGAGGCGGGGCACAGCGGCCUAAUGGGGCAACCCAAGGAAAAAUAUGUCAGUUUAAAUUGGUGCUGUUAGGAGAAUCAGCUGUUGGAAAGUCCAGCUUGGUCCUUCGAUUUGUCAAAGGACAGUUCCAUGAAUAUCAAGAAAGUACUAUAGGAGCUGCUUUUCUGACCCAGACAGUAUGCUUAGAUGAUACUACAGUGAAAUUUGAGAUCUGGGAUACUGCUGGUCAAGAGCGAUAUCACAGUCUAGCACCUAUGUACUACAGAGGAGCCCAAGCUGCCAUAGUUGUAUAUGAUAUCACUAAUCAAGACACAUUUGGCAGAGCAAAGACUUGGGUAAAGGAAUUGCAGAGACAAGCCAGCCCUAACAUUGUGAUAGCACUGGCAGGGAACAAAGCUGAUCUGGCCAACAAGAGAAUGGUGGAGUAUGAGGAAGCUCAAGCAUAUGCAGAAGAAAACAGUUUACUAUUUAUGGAAACUUCAGCAAAGACGGCCAUGAAUGUUAAUGACAUUUUCUUGGCAAUAGCAAAGAAAUUGCCGAAGAAUGAAGGUGGUGGCGCUGUGCAACAGAGGAAUCAGGGAGUGAGGUUGAACAAUGAACAGAACCAGCAGUCAGAGGGGGGCUGCUGCAAGUAAUACAACCAUUAGUGGACAGCAAGGCUGUCAUGUGAUCAGACUUUGGUCCAAUCAGAAACUUUGUUACAUCAUGUGAGCUGUGUGCCAGCCCAUUGUUUCUGAACUUGACAAACAUGUUCAGCAGUGAAACUUUUUGAGGGUGAGGAGCCCCACAGAUGAACAAACAUUGAACGGAUUACUUUACAAGGAAAACAAUUUUUGAAAUGGCGGCGUGCGGCUGUUACUCACUCUUCAGUAUGGAUGCGUAUUUAUUGCUGAAUUUGUAAAUUUUCAUGAUAAAUGUCUCCUGAUAAUUUUGAAAUAACAGAAGGGACAAUUGGGGGUGGGAUGGGUGUUUUGUUCUUAUCUUCUAAGAUUAAUGUUAUUGAUUUUGCAUGGUAAUUACGAGAUAGUAUUGGACAGUGUACAGAAAUCAAUAUGAAACUACUCUCCAUGUUACACUUCUUUUGUUACUGAAGCACGAGUGAUGAAUUUGUAGAGGCUCCUUUUCAAUAAGUCUAUUUUACAGGUUGUAAGAUGCUAAAUUUGCUGUAUGAUUUUCCUUAAAAAGCAAUUUUCUCUUCUGCUUAUUUCUUGUCAGACCAGGGUGCAGUUCGGAGGUAUCAUUAAAACCAAGCAAGGAAGCUGCUGCUUUCUGCACAGACAGGUCGUUGACAAUUGUAGAAGUGUACAUUUUCAGUGUCCAGCUAUGAUCUAGCAUACAUGGAAAUGUGGUUGUGCUUUCUUGCUUUCAGCUUCACCACCUGUCUUCUCUUACUGUCCAUCUUCACUGUGAGGACUAGUCUGUGCAAUAAGCUGAGCUUGGUUUCCAUAUGCCCAUUAAUGAUACAAUGAUAUAUUUGUAUAUAAUAUAUCAAAGACUUCAAAAGGAUAUUGUAUGGACCAUUUUAAACCAGGCAUUGGUUCCUUCAGAAGUGUUUCUGGUACUACCAGUUAACAUGACAUGAUGCCUAAAUAGUAUACAAUGGCCUGUCUAAAAUUGAAAAUACCAAAUUAUAAAUUCCUGUUAUGAACAACGUACAAGUUAUUUCAAGUGAAUUACUCCAUUUAAAUGUGUUCCUGUAUGUGUCUGAAAGGAGAUAGGAUUCCUCCAUUGUGUAUUGCCAUGCCAUUAGUGUUACUAACAUAGGCAUAUAUUUCCUUAUACAUUACAGUCAACUGUCUGUGUGAUUGCCCCCUGGUCUGAAGUGGGAGUUGUGUAUAUGAGAGCUGAAAUUGGCUGUUGACUGUAAUAUAUCUAGCAAAGUGAGAAUUGCACAUUGUAAUUUUGUUGUAAAGGUCCUGUUGUGAUCGUGUAUCAAAGAUUAACAUGUAUAUUCAUAUUCUGUACAUAGACAUCGAUGAAGUGUUUUAUACCAAGCCCAUGAAGAAUACACACAUGGUCUUUCAUAAACAGAGACAAGAAAGAUGACAUAAGGCAUUGUAUAUGUACGUUCAUUGUGGUCAUGUGCUGCAGGUUCCACUAGAAGAUAAUUUGACAUUGGUACAAUGUUCUUUCAGAACAGAAGUUCGAACUGCAAGCAUUCUGCCAGUUCAACUUCAGUUUCCAAUUUGUUGAAAUUCAUCCAAAUUGAAAAAAACUACAGAUUUCAGUCAAAUGAAAUGAUAGUUUGAAAUGAAGUUGUGUAUUCCUGAUGUGAUGAGAAAUUUUGUUUCAACAGUCAAAUCACAUUAUUACUUUCCCUUGGAAAGAAGAAACAUAUUUAGUCAUUACCUUUCAUUAUCAUUGUAGUUUAUAUACUGCCAAAUGGUGUCCAGGAUACACAACCAAAUGAUUCAUCUUUCUCUUCCAAAACAUAGUCCUUAAGACAUGCUUUUGUUGCAAGUGUGUUUCAGCUUAAAUGUACACAGUAUUUAAAAUAUAUAUUUAUCUUUGAAAUAUUACUAGUAUUGGUUUACAUCAUCCAAAGGCAUAUGGUUAAUUUCAGAUAUUUAAUUAUACAGUAGUGAGGUUACUUUGAAUGGUAUCCUUCUGGAACUGUGUUGUUUAGUGAAUAUCAAGAUGCCAUGCAGAGGUGAUGAAGCUGAUUUAUGAAAUUUCAUAUUUAAUCUACAAGUCUGUGUUUAAGGUCAAAUUUCAGAACCUGCCAGGUUUUUGAUGCAAUUAUUCUCCUGCUCAUCAUUUCAGAGAAAACAUGUAAAUGUAGUGAUUGUCUUGUCUGCGAUACAAUGCAUCAGUUGAAUGGAAAACAUCACAGUCAGACUGUCCAACAUUUCCAGAUUAGCACCUACACUGACUGAAUGCCAAGAGUAUUCCUUCAAGUGAACGAAUAGCAAAGUUGUAAUAGUUCGCAGAUUUUCAUCCAUCGAGUCAAAGUCUGUGUCAUACAUUCAAUGUUUCAUAUGGACAAGUGCAGGAAACAGAAUUUCAUGAAAAUUAUCUUGAAACAUUUAUCUUUUAGAAAAUAAUUCUAAUAAAUGUAAUUUUUAUUUAGGCACGGUAUGUCUGUAUCUUUUUCAGGUUGAUCUGCACCAUACAUUACCAUUUCAUCAAGUAAUGAUAUUAUUGGCACAGGUCCGUUUUAAAGACUCACUUGAUGACUUUCAGACCAUUGAAGAUCUGAGUUGAUACGUAGUUAGUCUGACUCAGCUGACCAUGGACACUAUCAUAGAUAAUAUUCAAAGUUACGGUUUGCUCAUAUAUGUCGGUCCUGUUCAUGGAUGUUGCAAGGUUCAGCCGUGUACAAACUGAUGGAAACCAUGUAUAAUGUACACUUCACAAAUAAACUUCUGUAUAUAGUAAAGAAGAA